CCUUGGUACCUCUCUUAUCACCAAGAGAUCUACUGAUACUGUCUCUACUCUCCUAGAGAUUGUCAAAUCUACUGGUGCUACUCAGCUCUUCUUCAACCACUUAUAUGAUCCGUUGUCGCUUGUUAGGGAUCAAAGGGCAAAGGAGGUUUUAACAGCCCAAGGCAUAGCUGUGCGAUCCUUCAAUGCAGACUUGUUGUACAAGCCUUGGGAAGUUCAUGAUGAUCAAGGUCACCCAUUCACGAUCUUUGAAGCUUUCUGGGAGAGAUGCCUUAGUAUGCCUUAUGAUCCUGAGGCUCCACUUCUCCCACCUAAGAGGAUAACCUCAGGUGAUGUGUCUAGAUGCCCUUCAGACACACUGAUAUUUGAGGAUGAGUUAGAGAAAGGAAGCAAUGCACUUCUUGCCCGCACAUGGUCUCCUGGGUGGAGCAAUGCCGAUAAGGCUCUAACUACCUUCAUCAACGGACCGUUAACUGAGUACUCCAAGAACCGUAGAAAGGCUGAUAGCGCCACAACCUCAUUUCUAUCUCCCCAUUUACAUUUUGGGGAAGUGAGUGUGCGGAAAGUUUUCCAUCUUGUACGCAUUAAACAAGUCCUGUGGGCUAAUGAAGGGAACAAAGCUGGUGAAGAGAGUGUCAAUUUGUUCCUCAAGUCUAUUGGACUGAGGGAAUAUUCAAGAUAUAUGAGUUUUAACCACCCUUACAGCCAUGAAAGGCCUCUUCUCGGGCACCUUAAGUUUUUCCCUUGGGUCAUGGAUGAGGGGUAUUUUAAGGCAUGGAGACAAGGCAGAACGGGUUAUCCAUUGGUUGACGCUGGCAUGAGAGAGUUGUGGGCUACUGGUUGGCUACAUGAUCGAAUACGAGUUGUGGUGUCUAGUUUCUUUGUGAAGGUUCUACAGCUUCCUUGGCGAUGGGGGAUGAAGUAUUUCUGGGAUACCUUAUUAGAUGCAGAUCUCGAGAGUGAUGCUCUUGGUUGGCAGUAUAUAUCUGGCACUCUCCCUGACAGUCGUGAGUUUGAUUGUAUAGAUAAUCCACAGUUUGAGGGCUACAAAUUUGACCCAAAUGGAGAAUACGUCCGUCGGUGGCUACCUGAACUUGCUAGACUGCCUACGGAAUGGAUACACCACCCCUGGAAUGCCCCAGAAUCUGUACUCCAAGCUGCUGGAAUCGAGCUUGGAUCCAACUACCCUAGUCCCAUUGUAGAAAUAGAUGCAGCAAAAGCCAGGCUGCAAGAAGCCCUCUCCGAGAUGUGGCAACAGGAAGCAGAUUCAAGAGCUGCAUUCGAGAAUGGAACUGACGAAGGGCUUGGAGACUCCGAGUCAAUGCUCAUUGCAUUCCCAACUGACAUACAAAUGGACUUGGAUCACGAACCGGAAAGGAACAACAACCCUACUACAGUUCGUCGUUAUGAGGAUCAGAUGGUCCCGAGCAUGACUUCUUCUUUGUUGAGGGUUGAAGAGGAAGAAACUUCUUUGGAUCUCCAAAAUCCUGUUGCAGACAGUAGAGCAGAAGUCCCAAGAAAUGUUAAUGUGAAUCAAGAACCAAGGAGAGAAGCAAUAAACCAAGGCAAUGUGCAGAUGGUCCAAAGAAAUGCAACUAUGACACAAGUUAAUGUUUUGACAGGGCUGCAAAAUGCUGAAGAUUCAACAGCAGAAUCAUCGGGUAGUAGUAUUAGGAGGGAAAGGGAUGGAGAUGUAGUUCCUGUAUGGUCUCCUUCAACUUCUAGUUACUCGGAGCAGUUCGUGGGUGAAGAGAAUGGCAUUGGAACUAGUUCAUCAUACUUGCAGAGGCAUCCACAUUCUCAUCAACUAUUGAAUUGGAGACAGCUUUCGCAAACUGGGUAA